CUCAUCUGGGAUUGACAGCUGGACCGUUUCCCAUCUAGAAUUCUGCGUGGGUGUUUUUCAUGCUUCCGUCUCUGCCCAAGUCUCAAACGGCAUCGUUUGGUCGAAUCCCCAUCCCAUUUUCUUACAAAACCAUUUAUCUUCUCCAUCCCCCGCUUUCUUCUCUCUGCUGCACAAGCACACAUAUAUAUAGAUAUAAAUCAUAUAAAUAAAUUGUCAUCCUUACAUUUUUCCCACAACAUAAUCACACUUUGCAUCUUCCUUCCUCCCUCCCUCUUCUCGAUACAGAGAGAUCGGAUCUAGUUUUCGUCCACAUCCACUCCGGCAAUGGCCGCUACCACCGAGAAGCUCUCCGCCCUGAAACCCGCCGUAGCCGCUCUCGAUCAAAUCAGUGAGAGUGAGAAGAAUGGCUUCAUCAAUCUCGUCUCUCGCUAUCUCAGCGGCGAAGCUGAGCAUGUUGAAUGGAGCAAGAUUCAGACACCUACCGAUGAGAUAGUGGUUCCUUAUGACACCUUGACUCCUCUCUCUGAUGAUCCGGCGGAAACCAAAAGCCUACUGGACAAACUAGUGGUGCUGAAGCUCAAUGGUGGUUUGGGGACAACAAUGGGCUGCACGGGGCCUAAAUCUGUGAUUGAAGUCCGCAAUGGAUUGACGUUCCUUGACCUCAUUGUCAUGCAGAUUGAGAAUCUCAAUAACAAAUACGGAUGCAAGGUCCCUCUGCUUUUGAUGAACUCAUUCAACACUCACGAUGAUACAUUGAAGAUUGUGGAGAAGUACACAAAUUCAAAUAUUGAGAUCCACACAUUUAAUCAGAGUCAGUACCCCCGUUUGGUUGUUGAGGAUUACUUGCCAUUACCAAGCAAGGGGCACGCAGGCAAGGAUGGAUGGUACCCUCCUGGUCAUGGUGAUGUUUUCCCAUCCCUGAAGAACAGUGGCAAGCUUGAUGCUUUGUUGUCUCAGGGAAAAGAGUAUGUGUUUGUUGCCAACUCUGACAACCUUGGAGCUGUCGUCGAUUUGAAGAUUCUAAGUCAUUUGAUAAGAAACAAGAAUGAAUACUGCAUGGAGGUGACACCCAAGACAUUGGCUGAUGUUAAGGGUGGUACCCUCAUUUCUUAUGAAGGGAAAGUUCAGCUUCUGGAAAUAGCACAGGUCCCUGAUGAGCAUGUUGGUGAAUUCAAGUCAAUUGAAAAGUUCAAAAUUUUCAACACAAACAACUUGUGGGUAAAUUUGAAUGCUAUCAAGAGGCUCGUGGAAGCUGAUGCUCUGAAAAUGGAGAUAAUUCCGAACCCCAAGGAAGUUGAUGGUAUCAAAGUUCUUCAGCUAGAAACCGCAGCUGGUGCAGCAAUCAAGUUUUUUGACAAGGCAAUUGGCAUUAAUGUGCCUCGCUCACGGUUCCUACCUGUCAAGGCAACUUCAGAUUUGCUUCUUGUCCAGUCGGACCUUUACACUGUGGUUGAUGGAUAUGUCAUUCGCAACGAGGCCAGAAAGAAUCCUCAGAAUCCCUCUAUUGAACUUGGCCCAGAGUUCAAGAAGGUUGGCGAUUUCUUGAGCCGAUUCAAGUCCAUUCCCAGCAUUAUUGAUCUUGAUAGCCUCAAGGUUGCUGGCAAUGUAUGGUUUGGUGUUGGCAUUAAGCUCAAGGGGAAGGUAAACAUAACAGCUGGGGAGAAGCUGGAAAUCCCCGAUGGUUCAGUAAUUGAGAACAAGGACAUCAAAGGCCCUGCAGAUCUGUAGGCGGGGAGGUCUCUUUUUUCUGCUGGUCGAGGCAGUCUUGUUGUGGUGUGGUUGGAUUGGAGCAUGUUACAUGUCCCUCCGUUGCAGCGUUUUGAACAACCAGUAAUUAGAUUUAUCAAAACACCUAAAGGGAUUGAAGGAAAAGGUUUUUGUUUGUUGUAUUUGGUGGGCUAUAGUGUUUGAUUUGCCAGGCAUGUCAUGAUACUUGAUAGUCUCAUCCAUACCAGUAUAGUUAUAUUCGUCUCUUAUCCGAGUAUUAUUGUCUACGAACGAGAUUGGUAAUAAUAAAAAGUAAGUAAAUCAUAACUUGAAUUUGGGGGGAUUAUGCAAUUUUGUGGGUCACUUGUGAGAAACAAGUGGUUGAUUUCUUUCCCAAUAGAUAGAGGAUCAAAAUAGAUGGUCACAUCACACCAUACAACCUAAUACAGUAGUCGAUAAAUAGUUGAACAGUCGAUGAAAAUAGUUGAGCAGUCUAUGAAAAGACAUUUUCAGUCGCUAAAUGUGCAUGUUUGUUAUACCUUCGAUGAGUAAAUGUAGAAGAAAAAGAUGAGUAUGAGUAAAUGUACACGAAAUAGAAAAGGCAGAAGCGGCAAAUCAGACUUCUUACAUAAUCGCUCCACUUGGCCCAUGAGCCAUCUACAAAUCUAUCUAUCUAUAUCUAUACUAUAUACAAAUCUAUCUAUCUAUAUCUAUCUAUCUUCUAUACUAUAUAUUAUGGCAAUUCAAAAAAAAAUUCUUGCCACAUAAGUACUUGGAGGAUCCACAAUUUGCCAAGUUGGACAACUUUUUUACAAACAAAAAAUUAGUUAUUAAUGUAUUUAUGGAGCUACCUCUCUCUUCUUUAAUAUUUUCAUUUCUUUUAUCCAAUUAUUCUUUUUUAUUUAUCCAUUUAUUCUUUUUUGUCUUUAAUAAUAAGUUACAUGUUGAUAAACUUAACCAAACAAACAUAAAUAAUAAUUUUUUUUAAAUAAACAAAAUAUAAAUAAGAAAAAAGAGAGUGACAUAUAUCACAUUUAUUUAAAUAAAAAAUAUCUGAUUAAACCUUAUGAAAUAAAUUUUCUACUCAUUUUUACUAAAAUUCAAUGAUAAGUUACAUUUUGAUGAAAAAAUCAACAAACAUACACAUAAACACUUAUAUUUUAAUCGAUUAAACCAAAAUAUAUAUGAAAAGAGAGAAAAUAAACAUUUGUCAUUCAAUUACCUUUGAAAAAUAAAAUAAAUUACUUUAUAUUUUGUUGCAAUGAAACACUCUAUUAUUCGUACAAUAUAUAUAUAUAUAUAUAAAUAAAACAAUAUUAUUUAGCAAAAUGUCAGAGUACAAUAUUGAUCGAGUAGUUAUAGUUAUUUAUUUAAAAAAAAUUCUUAUUCAUUCAGAUCAUGUUCUACCUUAAAUUCCUCAAAUGAAGAGGAAUCGCAUGUGCAAUAAUUUGAUAAUGUGACCUAAGUUCACAUUAAUAAUAUUUCCUCUAUAUCAUGUCGAUUGAGCAAGCUCUAUUGAGGUUCUAAGUCGUAUGCUAAGAAAUUUUCUUUCAGACUUGGAGUUAUCUUCGACGAUUAUAAAUCAAAAUUUUCAAAAUGACUUAAGUAAGAUUGUUGACGAACUUUGACUUCAUACCAUAGGAUGAGACACAAGAUUCCUUGAAAAAUAAUAGAUGUGAAGGUUAGAAAAAUCUUUGUUUAGAAUCUACGAUAAACAUCACGUUUCAUCAACUACUAACAUAGGCAUUUACCAAAUAAAGGUUGGCAAUUUUUAGUAAGACCGUCAAUUGGGAUAAACAUAUUUAUUAAGCAAUCAAGUAUCUUUAUCCAAUAAUCUCAACUCUUAAAAUUGGUUUUCAGUUCGUCUAGACUCGAGAAAAACGAAUUAAUAUAUGUUGUAUAAGAUAAUAAGUUAUUGCAAAUAAUCAAAUGAAAUACACUGAUAUUG